AUGUCCCCAUACAAGUUAGUCUUUGGUAAAGCCUGCCAUCUGCCUUUAGAGCUUGAGCACAAAGCAUACUGGGCUAUCAAAGAGCUCAAUAUGUCUUUGAAAGAUACCGGAAAGAAAAGGAUGUUACAACUCUGUGAGUUGGAUGAACAUAGAUUGUUGUCUUAUGAGAAUGCCAAACUUUAUAAGGAAAAGACAAAGAAAUGGCAUGAUAAUAGAAUCCAACACAGGGAUUUGAGAGAAGGCCAGCAGGUCUUGUUAUUUAAUUCUAGACUGAAGUUAUUCCCUAGAAAACUUAAGUCUAGAUGGUCUGGGCCUUUUCUUAUUUCUAAAGUUUAUCCUUAUGGAGCAGUGGAUUUGGUAAACCCGGAAGAUAAUUCUAUUUUCAAGGUUAAUGGACAAAGGGUAAAAGUGUAUCAUGAUCCGGCAACAGUCUCAGAACAGCACUCUGAGAGCUGUGCUGCCCCUUGUUGA